GCGCUGGAUCAAAAACGCCAGUGCGGCCCCUGCUUUGGCCCCGACCGCUCCUCGUCCAAUCAGGACGAUAAACGGCACUCCAAUGGAAUCAUCAGACUUUGCCAACAACCUCUCGUUGGAGACGACUCCGACUAAUACCACUGGAGAAAUCAACUCUUUUUACUUCUAUGAGACAGAACAAUUCACCCUGUUGUGGAUCCUGUUCAUUGCCAUUGUGUUGGGAAACACGUCGGUGUUAGCGGCUCUAGUUCUCACAAAAGCUCGAAAGUCUAGGAUGAACUUCUUCAUUAAACAUCUUGCUUUUGCAGAUUUACUAGUUGGACUGAUCAGCGUCCUUACAGACAUUAUUUGGCACAUCACCGUGUCCUGGACCGCUGGUAACUUGGCAUGUAAAGUUAUACGGUUUUUACAGGCAGUCGUCACAUAUUCGUCCACCUACGUGCUGGUGGCGUUGUCAGUGGAUAGAUACGAUGCGAUCAUCCAUCCCAUGAACUUUUCUGGAAGUUGGAGACGAGCUCGUAUUCUCGUAGCGUGUUCAUGGCUCCUGAGCAUCUUGUUUUCAUCUCCGAUUAUCAUUCUCUACGAAGAGCGAGUGAUUCAAGGCAGGUUGCAGUGUUGGAUUGAGCUGACCAAGCUACAAUGGAAGAUCUACAUGACAUUGGUAGCACUGCUUUUGUUUGUGUUGCCAGCCCUGAUCAUCACAGCAUGCUACACCAUCAUCGUUUACACCAUCUGGACCAAGAGUAACAUGCUGAGUCCAUCUCACCACGCGUCAACGCCACUAAAAAAUGGAGACAGAGCAGAAGAUGAGUUAAGAAGAGCAAGUUCUCGAGGAAUAAUUCCGCGAGCGAAAAUAAAAACUGUAAAAAUGACUUUCGUCAUCGUAUUUGUAUUCAUCCUGUGCUGGAGUCCUUACAUAGUGUUCGAUCUACUCCAAGUGUACGGUUUCAUACCUCAAACACAGACAUACAUCGCAGUGGCCAACUUUAUACAGAGCUUGGCUCCACUCAACUCAGCAGCUAACCCAGUGAUAUACUGCAUGUUCUCGACACACCUCUGCAUGCCUCUCAGGAAGGUACCAGUGUUGGGAUGGCUGUGUUGUGGUACUGUACCACCAGGAGGUGACUCUAGUACACUGACUGACACUACUAGUCAGAGAACUGCUCCUUCCACUAGGAGAGUCAACACUGUACAGUUGCAUCUCUGAAGCUGCUCAUCUUUCAAACUAUGUGUUCGGUCCUCCAGUUUUGUUUGUGAGCUACGUCAUCUGCCCCAGCAGUAUUUCUCUCAAGGAUUCAGAGGAUGGCAACUUUGCAAGUCUGCAGCGAAUCUUAACAAGUCAAAAGUUCCAGUUUUCUGCCAGUUCUACAUGUUUUUCAGUAUUAUGUGUGUACAGUUUGUUUACAGGUGUAUUCAUGAAAGUGUAUCAAGGCAUCAUCUAUCGUCCAUGAAGCAACUAUUCCAAGUCACUCCUUAGGCAGAAGAAAAGGGUUUAUCCAUGGCAGAAAUUACAGACAAGAGAUUUUGGUUCCGCAUUGAGAACUAGUUGAAUACAUCAGAGAGAAAUAAAAUCCAAUAGAAAAAAAUAACUCUAAAAAUCACUCACAUAGUAUUUUAAUUGAUUGAAUUGUAAAAUCAUGUUUUUAACUAAUGUAAGUCACAUUUGAUGUAAAUAAUUUACCAAAGAUUUUACUAAGUAGACAACACAUUUGUAGGAAUGAAUAUAUUUUGUAGACACUUAAUUAUUUAAAAUUGAGUGUGAUAAGUGUAAAAACUUCAGUCUAAAGCCCCCAAUACACGAGCCAACAAGUCCUCAUCCAACUUCGACCACAUCAGGACCGUAUGUGGGAAAAUCAGACCAGGUCAGCAGUUAGUCGGACAAGUCCGCGGUCGGUUGAGAAUUCCCAGCGGAUUUGGCCAACACAACAGACAUGUCGAAUCUCGUGUAUAGUCUCAACAGACUUGCAGACCGGCAAUUCACUGCGGUUGUUUUAAGGACGUUAUACAGUAAACACGCUUCAAAUUGUGUAGUGAUGACAAAAGGUUUUGGGGAGGAGUUUGUAGAAUUACAAGAGUAUGCCAUGUUUGUGGGACAUUCGUAGUAAACAAAACAGCAACAAACUCUUGAGACAAGAGGUUUUAGGUAGAUUGUUUGAGAAAAAUUAACCGGAAGCUACGGUAGAUGUUGUUAAGAAAAUGAUCGUUAACCAUUACUGACAUGAGUUACGGGGUGCAUGAACGUGAGUUGUGGGAAGGGUUGUCAUCUUCAGGACCGACGAAACCAGAUGGAAAAGCGAUCUUACUUGCAAUCAUUCCGUCCCAAACUGAAGUGUGAAGUCCCGCCUGAUGCUGACCGAAUAAAACCGAAGCUACAUGACCAUACCGCUGUCAGAACACUGGUCGGGUCGUGUGUGGUAACAGCCAGACUUGACAUGCCAGACCGUGUAUGGGGGGCUUAAAUCUCCAUCUAAAAGUUGAAAAGCUUUGAACUAAAUGUGUUACAUGUUUUACAUGACAAACCAUUUAAAUUAUUGUCCUAUUUUUUGAGUUUUGAAAAUUAAAUUUACUGUAGGCUUUUGUCCUUUAUUUAUUUUAAUUAUCAUCAUAAUCAUUCUCAUUUUGGAAUCUUAUGUACUCAUACCUGAUAAACAUUAAAACCUAUUAUUUUAUUCUGGAGCAUUUUGAACAAUUGUUUUCUAUUUAAAAGUUUAAGUGAUUAGAGGUCAAUUAAAUAUAAAGGUUUUAAGUGAUGUUUCUGUAACUAAACUAUUAAGAUUUUUCAAAGACAAAAAGAAAAUUAUUUAUCAUUUUUAAUUUAAAUGUAGUAAAAGAUUUAAGUAUUUUCAUUGCAAGUCUUUUCUUCCACUUUUCUGGUGUUGAUUGCACCAUGUUAUUGUUAUAACAAUAAACCUUGACGUAAAAACUCAUCAUUAAUGCUGUGACAAAUACAAGUCAAUUUUAAGUUCUAUAGAAUAUUUUUCCCAAACAAUGAACUAUACUCAUUCACUCAUUGCAAUCACUUCUGUACCUACUGUAGUUAAGUGUUUAGUCACGAUUUUUGCAUUUCUUUUUACUUUCUCCCCCUAUACCAUAGUAUAUGGAGAAAGUAUUGUUUUCGUCAAAAUUUUCGAGUUUGAGUUUUGAGUGGAUAUAUUCGUUUUGGGUCCCCCUGGA